CGGAAACGGAAAUGCAGGUUUUAAAUAUGGCUGCGCCCAUGUCUUGUAUUGCACAUUAAACGACUUUAGUCUUCUAACUUUGUUUUUACCCUAAAAGGGCAAACAAAAAAGAUGAGUAAGCGUCCUAAACCUGGCGAGACAGAGGAAGAUUUACUUGAGUUUCAAAAACAAUUUCUCGCUCAGAAAACUGCACCUUCUGUAAGUGUGAUAAAUAAAAGAGCUGGGGAGAAGAGACCUGUUGAUAAACAAGAUGACAAAACAGAACAAAAAGAUAUUGUGCAGUUGGAAGCUCUACCACAGACCCUUCCAGCAGCAGACCACAUAGCACCUGCAAAGAAGUCAAGAUUUAAAGCCGCACAAGAGCAGAAAGCUAAACAGAAGAAACACUCCCAUUCUGAUGCCCAACAUGACUUUGAUGAGUAUGACAGGAGUACAGCCACAGUACUAGCCAAAAUAAUUGAGAGAGAUACUCAUAAUGCUAGAUACAGCUUACCAGCUCCAGUGACCUUAUCAUUCCCACAGUUGUCACAAAGUGGUAUAACAAGUGCACAGACUGAAGACCCUACAAAGAAGAAGAAAAAGAGUUUGUUUGCACAGCAGGUGGCUUCAGAACCUGAGGUAUUUGGCAUAUUGCCAGAUAAGCCAGCAUCUGUUCUGAAAAUGGAGACUGAGGAGUCUGAAGAAGAUGUUGAAAUGCCCAGUAUUAUAGAUGGAAGUGGUCUCAGUGCAACAUUCAGUAAAACAGAGGCACACAAGAUACAUGAGGAAAACAUUGGUCAUCUGUCACAAAUGUCAGAAGAAGAAGUGUUAGAAGAACAAAGGAAACUUUUACAGACACUUGAUCCCAAACUUGUGGCAUUUCUGAAAACAAAGAAAACUGCUCAAGAAGGUAAAGCAGGGCAAAAAACUGAGACUGCAGAAGAGAAAAUUCCAACUACAGAAAGGAAAGGAAAAACAAGCAAGCCUAAACAAGAAAUGGAGGAAAAUGUACCAGUUGAAGUGAAGAAAGAUUGGGUACAUAUGGAUACUGUAGAAUAUGAUAAAUUAGAAUGGAUGAAAGAUUUACCUCCACCAUCCGCUGAUAGUGCAAAGACAGGUCAGCAAGCAAGAUUUGAUUUCCAUGGUAACAUUGUGUUUGCUGAUGCAGAUAUACCAGUUAAUGUGGGUCUACAUCACCAUGGUGAUGAACCAGAGAGAGCAGGUUAUACACUGGAGGAAUUGUUUACACUGGCCAGAAGUACAAAUAAUCAGCAGAGAGUACUUGCCCUGAAUACACUUAGUAAAGUUAUCGAACAGGCAAAGAAUGGGAACUUGGAAAAGAUGGUACAGACGCCAAUUUUGGCUAGCAUUAUUGAUGCUGGUGUGAUAUUUCUGUUCCGCUGGUCACUAGAUGACACUGUUGAAUCUGUGCUAGCAGCAGCUGUGAUAGCCCUCAAUUCUCUUCUUGUCAAUCAAGCUGAUGAGGUUGCACUCGAGAAAGUUUUCCACUGGUUUCAAGGUUACAGAGUGGCUUGGCAAGCUCCUGCUAAACCAGAGCAAGUAGGAAUAAAGCUUCCUGGUGAAGCAGAAGAAACUCCGGAUCAGUCAGAUGCAGAGCUUGCUAAACAUGAUCUGAUUCAGGCAUUAGGCAGCAGAAUGAACCUGAUACAGCGUCUAACCUACAUUCUACAGAAUGUUAAACCACAGGCACCGGUUGUAAUUGCAGUAUUACAAAUUCUUACAAGACUUUGUAGACAUUCAAAACAAUUAGCAUACCAGGUUUUUAAUUACAAAGGAUUACUUGAGCUGGUGAUAAAAGAAUUUUUGCCAAUCACCUGGCAAACAGAAGGUGUGCAGGAACCAGUGAGUAAUGUUUAUGGGAUUCCACUAAAGGAGGCAAUGGCAUUGAUGUGUACACUUUGUCAAGCCGGGAAAAACAUGGCUGCAAUGUUGUUGUCAAAGUUCAAACUGGAGGAAAGGAUGUUGAGAUAUCUGAUGACUGACAUAAAGAGUUUCGGACUGCCUCACAUUGAAGCUCAUGGUCUAAAGUUAGAAUGUCUGAACUUAUGGAAGGUUUGUUUGUCAUAUGGACUGGCUGAUAAUAUAUACAUAGAGUAUUAUCCACUGAUAGUUGAGAUAUUGAGGAAUUAUGACGGAAUAUUUGAUCGUACCACAGAGGAUCAAGACAGAGUUGCAGCCCUUGUCUCGUGUCUAGAGAUGGCAGUAUGUGUUGCCAGUACUCUGAGAAAACCACAAACAUUUAAACAUAGUCAAGAUGGAGAAGAUAUUGAAGUUGAAAGAUCAGAGGAUGUUGUCAUGGCAAUAAUCAAUUGGACUCAUGUUGCAGAUCUCAUUCAGCCAAUCAAGAUCAUGCUUUCAUCAAUGUUAAGAGAGCUUGCGACUAGUUACCAGAUUAAGAAACAGAACCUGCAGUUGCCGAUUUCUUGCCUAAACUUUAUCACUACUUACUAUGUUCACUGUCAGUCACAGUUACAUGGUGCUGAUAUAGUGACCAGUUUACAAGAAAUGCAGCAAAUUUACACAGACUGUGUCCAACACUGGAACUCUAUAGGAUUUUCUUCAAUACUUUCUAAACUCAGUUCUCAUUCAAGCAUUCUUAAUGAAACAAAACGGUUUGAGGAAUGCAGUUGUCUUCCUGAAUAUGGCAGCUCUUCAGUAAAUGAAGAUCAGUUUGUUUCUGUAGUGAGAGCCCAGUCUUCCUGUGGCUUUCUAACAGCCUGGUACAGAAUGGUUUACAGCUUUGCUAAAGUGCACAGGGGCUUACAGUCUGUAAAUCAGCUCGAAGCAGACAGCAUAGUUUCUCCAUUGACAAUGCUGCAGAGUACAGAUCUUUGGAAUUACCUUCGCAAGAUUGCUGCCGUCAAACUACAUCAUCAAAACUACUUCACAAGAUUUGAGACUUUCCUUCUCUACUUCAUUGUAAAAUUGGCAACCUUAAUGCCAUCAGCAUGUGGCAGUAUUGAUAUGUCAGUUGUCCACCAGGUGGCUCUGAAGUUACUAACAUCUGUACAACAUGGUGACGAAUAUCUCAUACAUGAUUUACUCUCUACUGUCAUUUUUGAUCCAGUAUUCUUUGAAUCUGAGUCAGCAGACACGUCAGCAGAUAGACUAGGGGAGAUGACUUUGUCUACACCAAUACAUCUACAAACAGUAACAGCAGAACAAAUAGAGAUUGUAACAGAAGAGUUAGUUAAAGAAGCAAAGCAAAACCUGAAUUCUAUCAGGGCUGCAUACCUGGCAGCAUUCAGCUACAGUGAGCAGCAAGUGUUACUAUCAAGGAGUCAUUAUGUAGGUGACACCAUGGCAACAAAAGAUUGUUUUACCUCCAAUAUUGGAGAGUCUGUGAUGCCAAAUGAUUGGAUAUUUCUUCCUCUAAUAGACCUCUAUAACAAGUACAGCACUGUUGGAGCAGAGGUUCAGAAUAUUUUAUCUAGCUCUCAGCUUGACACUGUCAGGUGUGUUUUACGAUGGAUAUACCUGAUGGAAUCAUAUAGAUCAUUUGUGAUAGAGGGAGUUUCUGUCACGCUGAAACUGUCACGCAUCAUGUGCGCGUUUCUUACAGGAAAUGACAUGUUUCUGGAUCGAACAAUACACUGUUUUCUGGCUGGAUUACUGAGAUUGUACUCUAAACCUGCUAUACUUAACAAGAUGAACUUCUCAGAAGAUAUUCCAGGUCUACCGUCAUUCUAUGACUUAUAUAUAUCAUUACUGCAGCAGUAUGAGGCAGUAUCAUUUGGUGACUCAUUAUUUGCUUGCUACGUUAUAAUCCCACUUCAACAGAGACAUAGUGUACAGUUCAGGAAAGCUAUCUGGACAGAAUACACAGGAAUUUUGCGAACUCUUACACUCCCACUGAAUGAGUUACCGUUACCAGUUCAACUCUUCCUAGAGCCAGAGGAGACAAAUGUGGAGUUGAUACGUCUAUAUUACCAGAGCAUGUUUGGUGGUACCCUGCGACCAUGUUGGAGCCCUGUACUGUACCUAGUGGCGGUACAUCAUGUGAACAGAUUCAUGUAUACACAGGAUAAAACACAUGUCAAACUGAAAUCUACAAUGAUGUCACGAAUAUUGAAGUGCAAGAAUGAGGAUUUAAAGAGACACUUAAUGAUGUACAAACAAGCUGAUAUUACCAUGGCAUUCGGAAUGAAACUGUACGAGACCCUUCCAGCAAUUAGACAAACAUUUAUAGAUUCAUUAAAAGUCUCGUGAUUUGUGGAGUGUACAAUAAGACCCAAGUGAAUUUAAAGUCUGUUCCUGUGUUUGUACAGAAAUAUUAUCAUAGUUUUAUAUAAUUGUGUCAAAUGCAUGGAGGGUCAUCCAAGAUCUUCCUCCAUCAGUUAAGCUGGAACGUCACCAUGUGACCUUAACUAUGCUGGUGCGAAUAACACCAAAUAAAAAUUGUUAUAUACAUGUGUAUACAUUGUAUAUUAGAUAUGUAUAUGUGUGUUUCAAAACAAAGACGAAUGUGCAAUUGGAUGAAUUUCCUGAUUAGUCUGUUUUUACUGUAUAAUACUUUAUGCGAGUGUGAAACAGUGGUGUAAAACUAAGACUAAGAUAAACUCUUCAGAUGGAGAAUCAUUUGAAACAAUAUUAACUAUUGCUAUAACAUUUCAUUUUAUAAGCAAGCACCUUCAUCUCUGGACACAACAUGUCUCUGUGAAAGAGCUUCAUUUGUAAUAUCACAUUUGCUUUUAAAUAAUAGUAAAGUAAAGAAUUUGUUACA